AUGGCGGCGGGCGGCGGCGGGCGGCCGCCGGGCCCCGAGUCCUCGCUGGAGCCCUACGUGCAGACCCGCAUCUUCAAGAUCAUUGUGAUCGGGGACUCCAACGUUGGCAAGACUUGCCUGACCUUCCGCUUCUGCGGAGGCACCUUCCCUGAGAAGACUGAGGCCACCAUCGGCGUGGACUUCCGAGAGAAAACAGUGGAGAUCGAGGGGGAGCGCAUCAAGGUCCAGGUGUGGGACACAGCUGGUCAGGAGAGGUUUCGGAAGAGUAUGGUAGAACAUUACUACCGCAACGUGCAUGCCGUCGUCUUCGUUUACGACGUCACGAAGAUGACAUCCUUCACCAACCUCAAGAUGUGGAUCGAAGAGUGCAACGGGCACGCAGUGCCCCCCCUCGUGCCCAAGGUGCUUGUUGGGAACAAGUGUGACUUAAAGGAACUGAUCCAAGUGCCAUCCAGCAUGGCUCUGAAAUUUGCUGAUGCUCACAACAUGCUGCUGUUCGAGACCUCAGCCAAGGACCCUAAGGAGAGCCAAAACGUGGAGUCCAUUUUUAUGUGCCUGGCCUGCCGGCUGAAGGCCCAGAAGUCGCUGCUGUACCGAGACAUGGAGAGGCAGCAGGGCAGGGUGCAGAAACUGGAGCUCGCGCAAGAUGCCAACGGUAAAACCUCCUGCCCGUGCUGA